UAAAAAUUGUUUUCGAAGCGGUCGGGUCGGCUGUGUUGCGUCGGAGCGUAAGCGUAUCGCGACUUUGCAAGAAGUUAUAGAUAUCCAAGUAUCAACAAGGCCGAAGUUGAAGCUUUUCUUUGUAAAUUGAAUUGCAGCAAUAAAGCAUAUACAUGUCUGUCAAUGUAAAAUAUAAUAUAUUGCAAUAAAUCGUUGUGAAAAUUCUUAGCGGCUGCCGUCAUUUUACCGAUCCCACUACAACUACAGCGACAACCACAGCAGGAAAACAAGCUCUCAUUACUUAGAUUCCAAUUGGAACAAUUUGCUAAUUGAAACCAUUUAAGCUGGAAUAAUAAUUAUAUUUGAGCACCGUAUCGGCUUGAAUUAAAAAUGUAACUGCAUAUUUGAGGCGCUGCUACUGAAUCAAGUCAACUUCAUUUUGCGAAGCGAGAGAUAAGGAGUUUAUAUCAGCAUGUCUUCCGGCCUGAUGUCUUGCGUGCGAGAAAACUCGCCGCCGUUGGAGCUGGAUCUGAGUGGAGCGGGUCCCUUGUCAUUGCCGGAAGGUAAUAGCAGAGCCCAUGGCUAUCAGGGACCAACCACAUCGACGCCCAUUGCCUGUCCGCUGGCCGUCGCUGAGGGCGCCACAGUGGAUGGCAACGAAUGUUCAACGAAUGCGGAACAUCAGCAGCAGCAGCAGCAGCUCCAGCAACAGCAGCAGCAGCAGCAGAAACGUCGACGCUUCCAUCCGCUGCGGAAUUUGCGUCGAAUCUUUCGACGUCGCACCAUCACUAGCGCCGACACUGGCGCAGCUGGCGGCGCUCAGGCAGGAGGAGCAGGAGCUGGUUCGAUUGCUGCACCUGGAUCGGGAUCGUGCAACACUUUGCCGCCACCGGCGAGCAGUUCCAGUGAGAAGAAUUUGCGCAGCGUUGCGCUAGGUGGUGGCUCGACAGCAGCGGAAGCUGCAUCGGCAUCCUCGCCAGCAUCGCCGCUCACGCAUCAGCAGCUCCACGAGAGCUAUCAGACGCAAUCGUUGCCCAAGUCCAAGUCCUAUGGUGCCCAUCGCGAUGAGUUGCUGAGCGUGCUGCUGGGCAAGAAGAGAGGGGCUAACAAGCAUAUGAACAGCAGCUUGGAGCAGCCGGUCCAACCGCCUCAUAGCCACGCCCACAACCACACCAACACCCACACUCACGCCCAAACGCAGUCUCAGUUGCACUCCCACUCGGACGCCAUGUACCAAACGCAGCGACCGCAAAUGGGCGUGGCCGUCUUCCCGGACGCCAUGAGCAUGAGUCGCAGUGCGUAUUUCGCCGAGAAGCAGCGCAGUCACCAUCAUCAGCGCCAACUGCGCAGCGUUGGCGACUCCUCGCAGGAUCUGGAUCUGGCCGAAGACAUUGGCGCCGCGGGCGGUGCAGUCGACAUGUCCGACAGCCAGCGCAGUCUCAGCGAGGAACGCUUGCUGGACGUAGACGUGGACGGCAGCAGUGGUUACACACGUGAAACUCUCUCCCAGUCCCAUGACAGCGUUUUUUCCGAAUCCGCUACAGCCAGCAGCCUUUCCAUCGUGCUGAGGGCCGAGCUAACAGAUGUGCUGCGCAAGCGUCGAAAUAGGCCCGAUGCCUCGGACGAGGAUCUGGGCCUGCCGCGCAGCCCCGUCUCGCCGCAGCGUCAUGCGGCCGCCGGGCAGAGCCGCAAGGUGGCUGGCUAUCAGCCACGCGAGGUGUCCUCCCUGAGCCUGCUGAGCGUCAACAGCACCGAUGGCGAGGACAGCAGCCAAGGCCAUAGGCAGCACGCGGACAACGGGCUCGGUUCGGUGGUGCUGCGCGAGCGACAGGAGGAGGACGACGACGUGGAUGCCGUGGGCGUGGAGCGACAUCGGCUCUCGCAUGCUGCGGCCAAACACAAAAUGGCCAUACGGCCCAUGAAGAAGAUGCCCACGCGGCAGCACAGAAGGACGCUAGAGACUUCAAUACCUGAGGCCAACGAGGAGCUAAUUAAGCUGCAGCUGACUCAGGCGCCCAAUCCCAGCUUGCGGGCUGUUAAGGAAAUGGAUCUUAAAACAAAGACGCGCUCUCUACCUCCGGGCAGCUCGCUGUCUGCCACCACAACAGCCACUGCCAACAGUAGCAACAACACCACCAACACCACCAGCAGCAGCAGGAGCCACUCCAAGACAAUCGAGCAGAAGAGCUCAACGAUUACGAAUAUCAGCAGCAGCAGCAGCAGCAGCGAGCGAACAACAUCCUCGUCCACAUCCACAUCCACGUCGUCCUCCCAGGCGUUUGGGCUGCGUGCGCUCACCUUUAAGGCGGCCAAUGCGCUGUUCGAUGGGCGUGGCGAGUCGUCAACGGAUGGCGAUGAUGUGACCACAGCCACAGCCACAACGGAGUCCAGCGAACACGGAUUUCUGCGUCGGCUCAUGCAGCGCAACUCGAAGCGCAGCAUUGCGCGUGCCAACGAUGGCCUGGAGGAUGUGGACACCAGCCACCAGAAUCUGGCCAAGAAACUGCAGAUCUCGACCUCCUGCCUGGAGGCAACGGCGCGUGAGCCGGUGCCGCUGCCCAGCAAAUCGCGCAGCGCCACCUCACACGAGCAGAACAUACAGGAGACGCGGCAGAUCAUCAAGCGCGAGAUUCAUAACGAGGGCAAGCACGGACUCAACGCACUGGUCAGCAACUACGGUGUCCAGCCGCAGCCGCCCACCGCCGUGAAGCCCAAGUCGGGGCCAGCGGCGCGCCAGCGUUACCUGCCCAAGGAGCUGGGCGCUGGCCUGGACAAGCCGCUGCCGACGAGCGACAGCGACGUCACCAAUCUGCUGUCCAAGAGCUCGCGCGGCAACGACACCUUCCAGUCGACGGCCCUGGUGCGGGAGCAGGCGCAGCUCAGAGCGGAGGCCAGCACAACGCACUUCGAGCGCAAGCCACGCAUUGUCGGGCUGAGCGCGUUCCAGCAGAAGCUGUCGCGGUCCAGCGACUCGAUGGGCCAGCACUCGAGCUCCUCGAACUCGCUGGAGACCAGCACGGACGAGCCCUCGCCGCUGUACUACGAGGAGAAGCAGCGCAAGACGGUCGAGAAAUCGCGCAGUUUUCGCAACUAUCAGGAGGAGCGCCACGUGGCCAACGAGUCGGCAGCGAUGCACAACAAUAUGCCCAGCCUGCCGGAUCUAUCGAUCAGCUUCCGUGUGCCGCCCGCCUACUACAAGCAGCAGCAGCAGCAGCAGCUGCAGCAGCAGCAGGAGUCGCCUCGUUCACCCAUGUCGCCCAUAUCACCGAAUGGCAAGUGCGUCUCGUUGGGCUUUGAGAUCAACGACAAUAAGCUGCUGCAGGCGCGAGCCGAGUCCACGGGCAAGCUGGCCAGUGGGCAGGCGAAGGUCUCGCCACAGCGCAGCUCCACGCUGCUGGUGCCCAGUCCGGGCCCGGCGAACAUCUCGGAGAUCGAGCAGAACAUCGAUCUGAUUGUCAAGUCGCCGAUGGUCAGUUUGCUGCGCAAAUCCGGCGCAGUUGGGGAGCAGAAGUCGCCGCAACGUCCCAAGGUGCUGGAGCUGAAGCAGACGACGACAUCCAGCAUUGCCCUGGGCUCGCCCGGCAAGGAGGCAGUCCAGUGCGCUAGUCCAGUGACCAAGAGCCCACCAAGCACGCCCAGCAAGGGCGCGCCACGCAAUACGAAAAAUGAGGCAGAGCCCGAGUUUAUGAAGAUCCAGCUGAAUCGUGUCGAUCCGGCACAGCUGCACAGCAAGGCCAAUCAUCUGGUGCUGGCCAAGAAUGUCAAAUUGUCGCCAGCCACGCCCACUGAGCGCAGCCAGAGCAGCGACGAUCUGUCCAUGCGACGCCUCAGCGCCGAGAGCGCAAGCAGCAUUCACAUAGUCGAGCGUCCCACGAAGCCGCUCAGCAGUGCCAACAACAGUCCCGCCAGUCCCGCCCAGCCGUCACCCAGUAUUAGCCAGCCAGCACCAGCCGAGCUGCGGCUGGCCAAGCAGCAGCGGGCCGCCAGCGCCAGCAGCCUGCGCGCCAGCUAUGUCAGCAGCAGCAGCAGCUGCAGCUGCAGCGGCGGCAGCAGCGAGCUGCUCGCGACGCCCGGCACACCAAAGAGCAGUGGGACGAGGCCAACGGCGGAGGCUGUGGAGCAGGAGAAGGCCAAUGGCAAUGCCAAUCGGCUCUCGCUGGAGGAGCGCAAGCGUCUGUUUCUCAAUGAGGAGAAGUCGCAGGCGGAGCGCAAGUUGACGGAGCGCAAGAAGCUGAUUGGCGAGGCCACGCCCCCAGUUACGCCCACCACACCAGUGACGCCCAGUGGGCCGGAUGCCAGCAAUGGCAAUGGCAAUGGCGUGGUGCUGCGCAAGAAAUCCUUUGCCAGCAUCAAUGGCAAUAGCAAUGCUAAUGCCAAUGCUAAUGCUAAUGCCAAUGUGAAUGGCAAUGCGAACUCAACGGGCCAGGAGGAUGCCACGCCGGAGCUGAUGAAGGUCUUUGCACGUCGUUCACUCAAGGUGAAGGAUGAUGAUGUGGUGGCCAUGGCUCAGGUGGCCGUGGCGAAUCACAAGAAGAUGUGCAAUGGCAGCCAGAGCGUCGAUAGCGAUAAGGAGAACCAGUCGAACAGCGAGGAGAAGCUGGACAAGCUGACGCCCAACAAUGAGCCGACGAAGCUGGUCCAGUCGAACAGUCAUGCACAUGGCCACGCCCACAGCCACACUCACGCCCAGGCGCCCGGCAGCAAUCGCAGCACUGUGGCGGAUUUUCGCAAUCUCAAUAACAACAACAACAACAACAACAACAACAAUGUGCAGUCGGCGCCACAGAAGUUGUCCAAUCUGCCGCCCAUAAAGGUGAGCAAUGCGCGCAAUGCCACAGUCAACAGCAACAACAUUAGCAACAUCAGCAACAGCAACAACAUCGGCAACAGCAGCAACAACAAAAACAACAUCAACAAGGCCAACAAUGCCAGCAGCAAGCCGGCAAGCGAGCGCUACUCACUGCAGCUGAAGCCAGCAACAACAGCAAUAACAACAGCAGCAGCAGCAGCGGCAGCAGCAACAAUUGUCGCAACAGAUACAGAUGCCACGCCCACCAAGCCCAUAGAGCGCUCCGCAACAGUGGGCGAAUUUAAGGGCAUUCACCAGCGACGUGCAGAGUGGGAGCAGCGUGUGAAGGAGGCGCUCAAAUAAACCACUGUUAGCCUAACAGUGGCGACGACAGAGUGAGCGCUGUUAACUAACAGAAUCGCGGUACCUGCUGUUGAUGCUCUGUUAUCUAGUGAUGCUCUCUAGUAGUAGUGUAAACGAAUACAACUCUAAAGCAAACGACAACAACUAAUGACUAAAAAGAAGUAGAGAAAAGAAACACAAAAGAAAAAGAACAAAAAAAGAAGAGUUAGACAAGGAAAGGACAAGAAUAAUAAUAUUAAUAUUAAUCAUGUUAGUACAUAUUAAACGAGUUGGCUGUUUGAGCCCAUCCAAAGAAACGAGUUGCGUCUUCGAUCGAUCUUCAAAAUGAUUAGUUUGUUUGGCUUACCGUUAAUAUAUAGUUUUUGCGUUUCAUUUGUGUUAGUGCACGUCAAAAUCUUAUAUAAAAAAAAAUAAUAAUAAUAAAUAAAAUAAAAAAUUAAAAUGUAAUUGAAAACUAGAACAGACAACUUGAAGGACUGUGAGUUAAAUUUACAAAUAAUAAUAGUAAUUCCUUAUGAUAUUCUACGAACAGCUCUGAUCUUGAUUUGCUGUAAAGCUGAUAUUCUCCCUCUCUCUCUAACUAACUAUCUAUCUAAUGUAAGCAACUUAAUGUGUAGACAAAUGCGAGCUUUUGAACAGGAUCAAUUUCCGUAACAACUCUAAUAAUAUCUGUAAUAGCAUUUAAUCUAUUAUUUUCAUAGCAAUAUAAAAAAAAAAAAAAAAAAACUAAAAAACUUAAAACGAUAUAUAUACAUAAUUGUGAAAAAAAUCUUUUUUGGGCUUUGUAAACCUUAUGAAAAACUGUUCAAGUUUGUGUAAAUUCUAUAUAUACAUAUAUAUAUAUAUAUAUAGUUAUCAACUAUUGAGCGCAUAUAAUAUACUGACAAAUAUGAGAUAUAUCUAUAUAUAUAUACAAUCAAAUUUAAUUAACCUGUACGCUCGCGGAGCAUCUAUUUCAACAUAUACAAAUAAAAACGAAAUACUUGAAUGUUAAACAACGGAAAUCAA